AUGAUAGCCCCGCAGCCCGGGGUACCUUUAAUGUUGUACCUAACCUCAACCCCCAAGUCCAUAGGGAAAUUAUUGGUCCAAGAUGUAGACAGAGCAGAACACCCGGUGUAUUACAUCAGCCGGAAGAUUCGAGGAGCAGAAGUCCGAUAUACUCUGAUAAAGAGACAUUGCUUAACUUUGGUAUUCCCCGCCCAAAAGCUCAGACAUUACUUCUUAGCACAUCAGAUUCAGAUUGUUACUAAAACUCCCAAGGCAAUCAAAAGCCAAGCCUUAGCUGAUCUCCUUGCUCAAUUUCCAAGUGGUGACUAUGAACCAGUGAAUGGAGAAUUAAGAGGAGAGGUGCAUGCAGUUAUGGCUUCUGAGGAAAGCUUUUGGACAUUGAGCUUUGACGGAGCAGCAGUCGGAGGGAAAGGAGGAACCGGGAUAGUCCUUACAAGCAAAAGUGGGGAAAAGUUAUAUUUUUCUUAUAAACUGGAUUUCUAUUGUUCAAAUAAUGAAGCUAAGUAUGAGGCUCUUAUUUUAGGCUUGAUAGCAGCUGAGAAGCACAGUAUCAAGAAGAUUCAGAUUCGGGGGGACUCAAAGCUAAUAGUAAAGCAAGUUUCAGGACAGUUCGUCUUAAAAGAAACAGUCCAGAGGCUUCUUGACAAAUUUCAAAAGGUCGAAAUAGAGCAUGUGCCUCGCUCUGACAACAAGUUUUCAGAUGCCCUCGCAACAUUAGGGGCAAGAGUUGAUAUCCUAGAGGAGGAGGCGACAAUUAUUAUCAAGAAGAGAACAGAGCCUUCAAUAAUACCCGAAGACAAAGACCUUCCGGAGGACUGGAGAGGAGAAGUCCUCGAACAACUCAGAAGCAAAGUUGGAAAACUGACUAUGGCCAAGCUUACCCAAUUCAUAAUUAUUGAAGGUGAACUUUACUUCAGAGGGGGUACCGGAUUCCUAGCCCGGUGUGUUGGCCAACAAGAAGCAAGCUUCCGACUACAACAAAUCCAUGAAAAGUCUUACGGAGAUGGGGAUAUCAGUCUGUACAGAAGAAUCCAAAAACAAGGCUAUUAUUGGCCCGAGAUAGAGAAGGCCUCGAAUCAAUUACAGAAGGAAUGCCCCAAGUAUCAGUCAUACAUCCGGGAGGAUGAGAGUUGCUUUAAAAUUGAUACCCCUGACUGGAGGCAAGUCUACAUUGACUAUCUCAAAGAGGGAAACACUACCUGA